AUGUCGCGAUAUCAACCCGUCCCGUCCUCGUCCUCGCCCCCUUCGGGAUCGGCUCGUCGAUCUGGCUCCAUAUCGACACUUCGCCGCCCGUCCAUCUCGUCCCUUUCUUCAUUCCGACCCUCCCGGCCCCACGCUCCUUUGCCCGAUCCGGACGAGAUGGACCGAGCCUUUGACGGGCCCGACGAGGAUGACGAUCUAGAGCAUGGCGGGGAGACACGAGGGUUAUUAGCGAGCCACCCGGCCGCGCGCGCAGAUCGCGAACGCGUGAUGCCAGUCCCUGGAGAUUACGAUUUCGAGCGCGACUAUACGCAACCCCCGUCUUCCUCGUCCCCGCCUGAAUAUCAAUUCCCGCACGACGCCUCGAACCCCGCCGAGGGGAAUACAAAUGGCCAGCUCCCCCUCUCGCCAGCGGUCCGGCCUGGUCAAGCACGCCAUUUCCUCGGUGGGAUUUUACCUUCAGCGUUUCUGCCAAGACGGGCGAGUGCGGCGGCGGGCGGGAGAGUGUUGGGCGCGGGGCAGUCGGGGGUGUUUGGGAACCUGGCGGCGAGGCCGGGGCAGGAGAUGGUUGUUCCUCCACCGGGAGUGGAUUAUGUACCAGAGCUAGAAUCAAAGGAUGCUCCUCCUACCUACCAAGCCGCAUUGAGGGACGCGGUACCUCCCUACUGGGACACAACGGUCGUUCUCCCCAGCUCCAACUCGCCGUUCGGUCCCCUCCAUUCGUCGAUGAGCGGGGACGAGAUCCUGAUCGACGGGAUGCCUACCGGCAAUUUCUUUGGAUUCUUCUGGAACUUGAUUGUCUCCUUUUCAUUCCAAUUCGUCGGCUUCCUCCUCACCUACGUCCUCCACACGACCCACGCGGCCAAGUACGGCUCUCGCGUUGGGCUCGGGUGCACCCUCAUUCAAUUCGGCUUCACCCUCCGAUCCCGCGCUGAAGACCUUAUAUCGACCGGCCACUUCCCCGCCUCAUCCCCCGGAUCGGAACCUACCGACCCCACCGCGCAGACGCCCGAAGAAGUCGCAGCCGAACAAGCGAUCGAAGCGCUCUGGGGACCCGGCUCGCCCUGGCCCGCGCAAAUCAAAGACCCCCUCCUCCCGCCCGGUUCACCCCCUGUGAUCCUGCACAAUAUCCACGAGGCGGAGAUUUACGCGCUGGGGCAUAAUGAGACGCUGAGCGAGAUGCUGCAGCUGCCGAGUGCGCAGGAUGUGGGGCGCGCGAACGAGUGGUUUAGCUUUCUGUUGAUGAGCGUGGGGUGGUUUUUGAUUCUGACGAGCUUGGGGGGAUGGUGGAGAGUCAAGAGGUUUGAGAGGGGGUUGAGGACGGCGCAGAGGGAGAGCGAGGCGGCGCAGGCCGAGGCGGCGGCGGGACGGGGGGAGGGGGAGGCGGUCACCACUUCGACGAGCGGAGCGGUGGGUGGAGGGGGAGGGGGAAUAGGACCAAGAGAUCCGAGGUACUAUACCAACGCGCUAAGGGACUGGGCGGCGGGAUUGAGGGAUAUCCAGAGGGGGUUUUAUGGGAUGCGGGGGCGGCCCGUUCCGACCAGAGAUGAGGGGGAUGGGGACGAGCACGAGUUGUUGGAUGCGCAGGGGUUCGGGCUGGGGCCUCUUGCGAGCGACGAGGCGGGCCCGCCGCCGGCCCGUACUCGGGUGGGCGGACUGUAUCCUAUGUCUAGGUCGGGACAGGGGCAGGGGGACGGCCAGAGGGGGAGGCCGAGGGGUCUCUGGGGUGUCUAG